UAGAGUUUAUUCAAAAAUUCAAAGAAAAGCAUUCUAUAGAAAAUCUAUAUCUGUCAACCGACUAUCCACUGAGUGGGAAGCGGUCACAAUCAAGUACAUUCCAUAAGGUCACUCCAUACCAUCAUAGAGCAAUAAGCUAUCUCAACACGACGGUAAAACUACAUACAUGGAUUACGUUAGGAGCACUUGCUGACAAGGAACAUGAACACGAAUAUGGGGGUGCUGGUGUGAGUGGAAUAUUAGACAAGAUUGUGUGUACUUAUGCCGAUUGGUUUAUCAGAGCUCCGCUUGCCUGCAGGAAGAGAGGAAGCUCAUGGGCUUCGAUGGUUUUCAACAAACGGGUUGCAUUGAGGAAGAAGGGGGAACGGGAUAUUCAGAAUGAGAUGGAUGAGUGGGAGUGGGCAUAG